CGGAAGUGAUGAAAUACGCAACGAGGAGACGUUGACGGACACUUACGAAUUUUUCUUUAUUACGACAAAAAGAUUACACUUUGCUUACUUAAAAGUGAAAUCAUUUCACAGUAUCAGAUUAAAAUCAUAUCUGUAUUGAAAUUUCUACUGUCGAAGAAUUGUGUAACCCUUUACCUUUGACCUUUCACUUGCAAACAGAGCUCUAAUUUUCAAAUGGACCAAGCCAGAGAAUCGGAACAGAAGGACGAGGACUACGGUUAUGGCUUGUUCCCGAAGAGAAAAGAAGGGAAAUAUAAGAAAGGGUCACUUGGAGAAAGCCUGUUCACUUUCCACAACAAAUGUCAAGUAAUGCUACAUUUUGCGUUGGAGACGAGUCCGUAUGCAAAAUUCCUACUCGGUGUCAUGAAACAGUCUGGAUGUGCUGCAUAUAAAGACCGUCAUUUUGCCUGCGAAGACUGUGACGGUAUUGUCAGUGGUGGUUUCGACGCGGCUACUUCUCAGAUUGUUUUGUGUCAGAAUAAUGUUCACCGGCAGUCCCACAUGAACAGAGUGGUCACCCAUGAACUUAUUCACGCUUUUGACCACUGUAGAGCCCAUGUUGAUUGGUUCGAUAAUUUAAGACAUUUGGCCUGCUCAGAGAUUCGGGCGGCCAAUCUCAGUGGCGACUGCUCUUUUGGCAAUGAGCUCUCAAGGCUUAAUUUCGGAGUCAAAGGACAUCAUCAGGACUGCGUGCGGGACCGUGCAUUGCGCUCUAUCAUGGCUGUGCGGAAGGUGAGCCUCGAAGAGGCGAAGAAGGUGGUGGAGGAGGUCUUCGACAGCUGCUUCAACGACCACGCGCCCUUCGGCCGGAUCCCACACAGCAAAGACUAUGUCAAAUUCUCAUCCCAUGAUUUUCAGAAUCGAGAUCGAUACUAUUCUAACUUAUAAGGAAGGGAAUGAGGUGUUGCGUGUACUUCACUGCUGCUCAUGCAAUAGACAUGGCUGGAUGUCUACCUUGUUCAUCAGGAGCCCUCUGCAGAGAUUCUGUGCAGAUAGCUGGUGUAACGGGAUCGAUGGCUCGUGACGAAUCCUGAAUUGGGGUCACUCGUUCCAGGGAAAUUGGUUCCUGUCUGUGAAUGUGCGUGUAAAUAAACAUUUUAAUGAUA